AUUUUUCAAUGUAUUAUUCACAGAGAAAAGUACUGGUUUUGCAGACUACGAGUGGGGCUUGAGAAGAUGGACGAGCAAGGUUCAGGUGGCUUCCCUGCCAUCAAGAGGCGAAGCAGUGACGAAUUCUGGGGAAGGAAGAUGAACAUUUUUCUGAAUGAGGACGUUGUUGGCUCAGACAUACAUUGCCAGUGCUUCAGGCGGUUCUCCUACGAGGAAGCUGAAGGGCCCCGAGAAGCUUGCAGCCGACUCCACCGCCUCUGCCGCCAGUGGCUGAAGCCAGAAAGGCACACCAAGGCUCAGAUCCUGGACCUGGUGAUCCUGGAGCAGUUCCUGGCCAUCCUUCCCCCGGAGAUGUCCAGCUGGGUGAGGGAAUGUGGAGCGGAGACUAGUUCCCAGGCCGUGGCCCUGGCCGAAGGGUUCCUCCUGAGUCAGGCCGAGGAGAAGAGGCAGGAAGAGGAGAAGGUCAAAGAUCUGUCUCUGGACGUUCAGCCGGAUUUCCCCGCAGAAGAAGAGGCUCCCCUGGAGAACAGAGCAAGGGAUGGAGGGGCCACCUUGCUGGGGGUUGGAAUGACGCUGGCAGUGUGUGCGGAGCCAUCCCUUCUUCCUGAUGAUGGAGUGAAAGCAGAAGAGUGUCCAGUGACCUUUGAAGAGGUGGCCGUGUGUUUCACUCAGGAGGAGUGGGCACUGAUGGAUCCUGACCAAAGGGCCCUCUACAGGGAAGUCAUGGAAGAGAACUGGAGGAUCGUGGCCUCCCCUUCCAUGCCUGAUAUUAUCUGCACUGACCAUGAACAAAAUCGCAUUUCUGAGCCACAGCAAAACCACAAGUCAUCCAACCGCUUGGGAAAUGUUAAGAGAGAGGGGGGGAAUUCUGGUAAGUGGUUGAACUCCAUCUCCGAUCAGUCAAAGCCAGCCUGGCUAACAAACUGGAAGUCGCAACUGCGGAGAAUCCACACUGGAGAGAAACCAUACAAAUGCCAGAAGUGUGGGAAAUCUUUUAAUCUCCACACUGGAGAGAAACCAUACAAAUGCCUGAAGUGUGGGAAAUCUUUUAUUUGCAAUUCUAACCUCCUGAGACACUGGAGAGUCCAUACAGGAGGCAAACCAUACAAAUGCCAGAAGUGUAGGAAAUGUUUUGCCCAAAACUCAGACCUUCUGAGACACCAGAGAGUCCACACUGGAGAGACACCAUACAAAUGCACAGAAUGUGGGAAAUGCUUUGCUGAAAAUUCAAACCUCCUGACACACCAGAGAGUCCACACUGGAGAGAAACCAUACAAAUGCCAGAAGUGUGGGAAAUCUUUUAAUCGCAAUUCACACCUUCUGAGACACCAGAGAGUCCACACUGGAGAGACACCAUACAAAUGCACAGAAUGUGGGAAAUGCUUUGCUGAAAAUUCAAACCUCCUGACACACCAGAGAGUCCACACAGGAGAGAAACCGUACAAGUGCAAAGAAUGUGGGAAAUGCUUUGCCGAGAGUUCACACCUUCUCGCACACCAAAGAGUCCACAGUGGAGAGAAACCAUACAAAUGCCAUGAGUGUGGAAAAUGUUUUGCUGUCAUUGCAAACCUUCUGACUCACCAGAAACUCCACAGUGGAGAGAAGCCAUACAAGUGUCAGGAAUGUGGGAAAUGUUUUACUCGGAGUUCACACCUUCUCAGGCACCAGCGAGUCCACAUUGGUGAGAAAUCAUAUAAAUUCCAGGAGUACAGGAAACAUUUUGCUCAGAAUUUACACCUUCUGGGACAAAAGAAAUAAGUUGAAUAAAUGGAAGGCAGGGAUUCUUUAAAACUUUUUCUGAGUUGUAUAUCAUGAGGAAUGAGAGAAUCCACAGAAGAAAGAAACCAAACAAAUCCCAGGGAUGUGGUAAAUGUUUGAGUUUCAAUUUUCAUCAGAGUGUAGACAAGGGAAACCUACAUAGGAGAAUUAAUGCAGUUGUUGGUGAAGUCAUAGAUGAGUUUCGACUAUUCACCUUUAUUUCAUCUCAAUUCAUGGGCGAUGGUGGCGCUAUGGGUUAAACCG